AUGGAUGAAUCAGGCACAUUAAGAAAUGGUGUUGAUUUAUUACAAAAUCAGUUAAAUGAUAUUCAUGUAGAAAUGUUUGAAUUCAUUUUUAAGCAAAUUAGUUAUGAAUUAGUAAAACAAGGCAUUUCAACAUUAUACUCUAAUUAUGAAUUACUAGUUAAAAUGUUGGCACACGUCCAAAAUGAUCAUCAAACAACAUAUUUAAGUGCACUUGGAUUAUCAUAUGAUCAAUAUUUGAAACUAAAAGAAGUUUUACAAAACAUAACACUAAAAUAUAAAUUUAAGAAUUUAGAAUAUUUACUUUGUAAAGUAAUUGAAAAACAACAACAACAGCGAAAUAAAGUUUAUGGAAAAGAAAUUCUCAAGUAUGUUACAGCAACGCCGACUUAUGGUUCAAGAUCAUUUCGAGAUUUUAUUACUAAAAAACAUUUAACAAAUGUGAUCACUCCAGGUGAUUAUCAAUCGAUGGAAUUAAUAUUCAUCGAUUUAAUAGAAUUUUAUUGUAAAAAGAUUCCAUCGCCUGAUGAAACAGAAUUAGUUUCCUUUCUUCAGAAAUUGUUGGCCAUCCCUAGUGUAACAGGAACAGUCGAAGAGAGCUUAGCUCAACAAUGGUUGGCCGGACAGUUUGAGCAAAACGGGUUUGAAAUAGAUCUUUGGCAGAUUGACCUUCCAGCUGCGAAAAGUCAUCCAGACUUCCCCGGUCUUGAAGCUCCUCGGACCGAAGCCUUAGGACUAGUAGCAUGGUGGGGCGGUGAAAAUGGUCCAACUUUGGUCCUUAAUGGACACAUAGAUGUGGUACCACCGGGCGACUUAAACCAAUGGAAGGGAGAUCCAUUCAGUGGGCGAAUUGAAAACGGACGAGUUUAUGGACGGGGCUCCUGUGAUAUGAAGGGAGGCCUUGUCUGUAAUCUUUUUGCAAUUAAAGCUAUUAAGGACGCUGGAAUAAAGUUAAAAGGAAAAGUUUUAUUUCAGAGCGUGGUUGGGGAAGAAGAUGGAGGCCUUGGAACUUUCGCUACUCUUCAGCGGGGUUAUCGAGGUGAUGCGGCUAUCAUUCCGGAGCCGACAGAAAUGCAAAUUAUCUCGGCUUGUGCAGGGGCUUUAACUUUCCGUCUUAAAUUAACUGGACUUGCAGCGCACGCCAGCAAUCGGCUAGACGGGGUAAGUGUAAUUGAAAAGUUCUGGGAAAUCUGGAAAGCUUUAAAACGGUUAGAAGAAGAGAAAAAUAAGAUUAGCAACUCGUUGAUGGCUCGAUAUAAACUGCCUUAUCCACUCAGUGUGGGCAUACUACAGGCUGGCAACUGGUCAAGCAGUGUGCCUGACCAACUGCUAGCUGAAGGUCGGUUAGGAGUAGCCUUAGGAGAAUCUCCUCAGACAGCGAGGAAAGAAUUUGAAAUGGCUUUAAAUGAAGUUUGUUUUCAAGAUGAUUGGUUAAGACAGCAUCCCGUUGAAAUUGACUGGUUUGGCGGGCAGUUCGCCAGCGGUCAAAUUCCAGAAACGCAUCCCUUAGUUAUCCUGGUUAGUGAGUCUCAUCAAAGUUUAUUCGGGAAUUACCCCGCGGUUCAUGGAGCUCCCUAUGGCAGCGAUCUUCGACUUAUGAACGGGUUAGGUGGAAUUCCAACUUUGCAUUAUGGACCCGGUAGUGUCACUUUAGCCCACGCUCCUAAUGAGUACGUUCCGAUCUCUGAUCUUAUGACGAUAACCCGAACCCUAAUAAAAAUAAUAAUUGAUUUUUGUGGAGUUGAGGAAGAGGUUUAA